GGCGAAAGCGCACUUGUUCACCCAACAUUCGUCGCUUUCCUCCCAUGUGAGGAACUUGCCCGUCACUAUGCCUCCGCGCAUGCCCGUGCGCAGCAGAAAAUCAAUACUCUAUGCGCUGGGUGUGAUGACACUCGUUGUGUACACGUUAUAUCUGUGGAACUCUCCACCUCGGGCGUUGUCGCCCAUGCCAGGCACCUACCAAUACUUCUCAGAGAUCAACUUCGAAUACCAUACACAUAGUUUCGGCGCCAUUAGUCAUUGCGACCCGAGGUUUGCGCCGUCACAGCCACCAGGCAUAGAAGAAACGAAGAAGACGCUCUCCGCACUGAUGAAAAGCUAUGCCGCGACAAUGAGGGAUCUUCGCGCCGAGACUUGGAUUGCGCACGGAACCUUGUUGGGAUGGCAUUGGAAUCAGAAGUUCUUACCUUGGGACAAUGACAUUGACGUUCAGAUGUCGGUCGAGACACUAGCUGGAUUGGUGCCUCACAAUACGAGUGAGUAUCGCUAUACAGUUGCUGGUGAAGACACGCCUAGGGUCUACCUGCUGGACAUCAACCCCCAUUACACUAUAGCGUCAACGCGGGACGUUGCAAACAAAAUCGACGGUCGCUGGAUCGACACCACGAAUGGAAAAUACGUAGACAUCACUGCUGUGCAUGUCAGUCCUGGAAAAACUGAACAUAUCCCGUUCGACCAGGGUGUUUUGUUCUGCAAAGAUGGUCAUCGAUAUCGGAGCGAGGACUUGUUCCCGUUACAAGACGCGAGCUUUGAAGGCAUUAGUGUGAAGGUACCGCACGACUCCGACAAGGUUCUUACCGAGGAGUAUGGGAAGAAGUCCCUCACCCAAACGCGCUUUCACUGGCACCGUUUCAAUAAGGCUUCAAAAAUCUGGGAAGCAGAAUAGUGUGUCAAGGCCGUGCGGUUAAUUCACAUCCGAUGCAGCUUUCAUCGCCACGUUCACGAGCACCAUAGUCGCGGAAUGAACCACGUGCGAAUGUCACUGCUUGCCGGCUGUGUCAUAGGCACUCCCUUACUGGUGGCACUGCUCACCUAUCAAGUACGCAAACAGAUGUACUCUCAAGACAAAGGCUAUUCUUUUCGAAUACGUGUGGUAUUAUACAAAAACUAUAUGCUAUGCAAAGCAUCACGACGUGCUUCUUCUCCCAGAGCAGGAUACAUCAUAGCUUUGACAAUAUUCAAGCCCGCUGUCAGCCAUACGCUUGGUUCACGCGGACAAGUUCUCCUGACGCCGGCCGCCGAGCACGAACGCUCCCCUGGGCGAUCAAACGUUCUCUUGAGCCCGUUCUGCUGUGUGGUGGAGGACUCUGACCUGCUCGAGAGACAUGCCUAGGGGAGGACCGAUCUCUCGGCGGCCCGUCAGCAGGAUUGCGCGGCCAUGUCCACUGUUGUCGCGCUACAGGCUCAAGUUGGGUGUUGUCAAGUUCCUGGUUCAAAUGGUUUCUCAUAGACCCUACUUCUUCUUCAUCGUCCUUAACCUCAGUCGGAAUACUUUGCUUUUCUCUUCCAGUCCCACGACAGCAA